AUGGAAAACGUGAGGCGACGGAAGCCAAAAUAAUUGCGCGUUCGUGGGAUGCUCUUCACUCAACGGCUUAGAUUUUUCUCAAACAUGGAACGCGUUGCAGCUGAUCUCCCAAGGUUGGUGAUGAUUUUCGGCUGUUCACACACACAUCUCCCUCACUCCACAGACGGUUGAAACCAAGGAAGAAAGAGACACAGCAUUGGAUUUCAUUACAAUCCAAUUUUGACCCUCCUUCUUCUACUUCUUCGUCUUCCAAUAUUGAUUCUUGGAUUUCUCAGAUGUCUUCCAACAUCUUUGAAGUUGUGUAACAUCGCUUCUCUCUCUCUCUCUCUCUCUCUCUCUCCCCACACCCCUCCAGUUGACUUCAUUUUCACCAAUAGCAUGGUCUAGUUCUUGGUUUAUUUGUUCCAGUGGAAAUUGCUUGUCCUUGUGUUUUAUCUUAAUGUCUCUUGUCAAUUUGCUUUUGUGAUUCUUUCCUUUCAUUUAUGAUGCCUUUCAGAUGUGAUGUGGAAUUCCUAUGGCAGUAGUUGUCUUGCUUAGUCCAGAAGAGUUUUAUUUUUGUACACUGAAUUGGUCAAACCAACUUGAUGGGAGCUAAGUUGAGCCUAAACAUUUUUGGGGCUAGAGUUGGUGGUCCCGAUGACUUUGUUCCCGUUGAAACUUGCAAAAAGCAAAAAUUGAUGUCAAACUAUUGGGAGGAAAACCAGAGACUGAUUUCCAGCCUUCCUGAUGAAAUUUCUAUCCAGAUUCUAGCUAGAGUUCCCAGGAUACAUUACUUGAGACUCAAGUUGGUCUCUCGAGCAUGGAAACAUGCUAUUACAAGCAAUCAGCUCUUCCAUCUCCGACAGGAACUUGGAACGGCUGAGGAAUGGCUGUACAUACUGACAAAGGUUAAGGAUGGAAAACUUGUGUGGUAUGCUAUGGAUCCGCAGGCUAGACGAUGGCAGAAGUUGCCCCCAAUGCCUACUGUUUCUAUGGAAGAUGAAUCUAAGAAGGGUUUAACCGGGCAGCGGAUAUGGAAUAUGGCAGGUUCUAGUAUGAGAAUAGCAGAUGCUAUAAUGGCUUGGCUUGGGAGGAAGGAUGCAUUAGAUCAAAUGCCAUUCUGUGGUUGUGCUGUUGGUGCGAUCGAUGGGUGUCUGUAUGUGUUAGGCGGAUUCUCCAGUGCUUCAGCAAUGAGGUGUGUCUGGCGAUACGAUCCUGUUGCAAAUACAUGGAACGAAGCGCACCCUAUGUCAAUUGGUAGAGCAUAUUGUAAAACUACGGUUUUAAACAACAAGCUUUAUGUAGUUGGAGGGGUUACGAGAGGCAAUGGUGGUUUGUCACCCCUACAAUCUGCUGAAGUAUAUGAUCCAAAUUCUGGUGUGUGGUCUGAGAUGCCGAGCAUGCCCUUUGCUAAAGCUCAAGUAUUGCCUACUGCAUUUCUCGCUGAUCUACUUAAGCCAAUUGCAACAGGACUAACAUCAUAUCAGGGCAAGUUGUUUGUGCCUCAAAGUCUAUACUGCUGGCCCUUUUUCGUCGACGUUGGAGGUGAAGUAUAUGACCCAGAUGUGAAUACCUGGGUUGAAAUGCCCAUGGGGAUGGGUGAGGGAUGGCCCGCGAGGCAAGCUGGAACGAAAUUGAGCGUCACGGUCAAUGGGGAACUGUACGCAUUGGAUCCUUCUAGUUCUCUUGACAAUGCCAAGGUCAAGGUAUAUGAUUCCCAAUCUGAUGCCUGGAAAGUUGUGGCAGAAGACAUUCCCAUUCAUGAUUUUUCUGAUUCAGAAUCUCCUUAUUUACUUGCUGGCUUAACCCAGAAACUGCAUGUUAUCACCAAAGAUGCAAAUAACAACAUAACUGUUAUGCAAGCUGGUGUGAGAAAUCACCAUCUGGCUUCCUUCCAAUCUGCAUCUGCAUCGUCAUCGUCGUCGUCAUCGUCAUCUUCACAAGAUAUCUGUUUCCGGGAAUUGCAUGAAUUAGAAGAAGAAUCUGAAAACUUUACAAAGGUGAUAGCCACUAGAACAGUUGGGUCAGCCGAACUGGUCAGUUGCCAGACUCUUGUUAUAUAGCCGUAUAUAGUUUCAGUAUAAUUACUAAUACUCCGAAGGUGGUAGACCCGAAAGUCGUAGAUUUUUUUUUCCUCUCUCUCUCUCUCUCUCUCUCUCUCUCUCUCUCUCUCUUCAUAGCAGCAAAUGUUUUAUGCGGCCGGUAAUGCAAGUCUUAUUGUGUAGUCCCCUCGAUGGUUUAAAGGAUUGAAACUUCAUUUUAAGUGGAUAUAUCAUAUUUGCUAUUUAAGAGACUAUCUGUCUUCCUUAA